AUGGUCCCAAACCGGGCUCUGGUUUUUGUCCAGUCUUCACGCGGCGUGCCCGUACCAAGGGAGCAUGUCAUCGUCAAGGAAGUGGGCACAUUCGAUAUCGAUGCCCCUCCGCCGGAGGGAACCAUCACCACCCAAACCCUCUACGCGUCACUGGAUCCGUCGAUGAGGCUGCGCAUGACUCCUCCCGAGGAUUCAAAGGUCUUUACUCCAUACCAACCCGGGGAGCUUAUUACCAGCACCAUUCUCAUGAAGGUCCUUCGGGUUGAUCAGAGUGUCAAGGACGUGAAGGAAGGUGAUGUCCUAAGAGCUUAUAAGCCUAUACAGGAAUACCACAUAAUUUCAGGACAAGAUGACAUCGGAAGCCUCGAUUAUAUUCGGGACACGGAAGGCAUUGACCUAAAAGUCUUCCCUGGGCCCCUUGGCAGUCCAGGCCUGGCAGCUUGCGCCGCUCUGAAUGAGAUCGGAAAGCCAAAAAAGGGAGAGACCAUCCUGGUGUCGGCAGCUAGCGGCGCUGUCGGCCAGACGGUGGGUCAGCUAGCAAAACAUUACGGCCUCACUGUACUCGGUAUUGUGGGGAGCGACGAGAAGGUGAAUCUGAUCAAGGACCUUGGAUUCGACGGAGCAAUCAACUAUAAGAAGGGGAACUUGGUACAGCAGCUGAGAGGUCUAGCACCGAAUGGAGUUGACAUAUUUUACGACAACGUAGGCGGCGAGAUACUAGAGGCGGCUAUCGAACUGAUGAGGGAUCACGGGCGGAUUGUGAACUGUGGCGCUGCCUCUCAGUACAACCUCCCAUUCGAUAAGCAAUAUGGCAUCCGUAAUCUCUUGCCGGUGGUGAGCAAGAGCCUAACAUUGCGAGGAUUUUCAUCCACCCCCGGAGACUGGGUCUUUGGCUAUUCUGCUGAGCAUCGGGAGAAGAUGCGGGAGCUUAUCAAGUCCAGCGAAGUGAAGCCCAUCCUCAGCGUGACCAAAGAGUUGGGAAAGCGACCAGGGGCUUUAGUAGAGCUUUUCAGAGGCGAUAAGACGGGCAAGGCGGUGUUAGAUUUCUGUGUGUCUUAG